GUCAAAUGCCAUUGCCAGUGGAAGUCUACGGGAUCGGAGUCGUACAGCAUCAUGUACUACGCCGCGCCCUGCCGUAGAUCUACUCGUAUGUAGAUCUAUGCAUGUCGUGGGCAUGAUCAUGACCAAACUCCAAACCAAAGCCGGCAAAGCCAAAGGCAAAGGCAAAGCACCUCCGGCUCCCGUCAGGACAUGCGAUAGUGCAGUCGUCAGUACAGUCGACAUACAUCAUACAAACAAGUCAUGCUGGUGACCGCACAUCGCUUGAACGACACUGCAUGAUUGUGCAUAUGCGGAGAUCAUUCGAUGCGCUCGUUCAUGCCUCCGUGACGUCUACCCCGUACCCGGCCCAAGCUGUAGUACUCUCGAUCUCGCCAGCGAAGCAGCACUGCACUGACCGCGUUCACUGUCUCACUGUCUGUUUGUGUACAGCCACAACAGGACCAGCAGCAAGAUCAAUGACAUCUUCCUCUUCUUUACUGCACUUUUUUUGAUUCUAUUUUUUACUUGGUCAAGCUGAGUAGUUCGAGUCUUCGCAAGUCAGUUCCCUGUAGAUGGUGUUUUCUUUGCUCUUUUGUUUGGAGGGCAACUGUUUGUUUGACGACUAACCUAGCCUCGAGUUAACUCUAGCCAAUUAUGGCUUUCCAGUGAGUAGCAAUCUGGUCACCACAUAUGGGAGGUUUAGAUUUGUAAUCAAGCGGCUUAUGACGCUCGUGAUUUUCAUCAGUAUGGUCUGAGCGAGAAGUGGGCCAAGUGGAUUCAAGUGAUGGAGGGCUCUCUCAUGCUGAGAGAAAGGCACGCAGUGACAUACGAGUGACUUGUAUUUCCCCACACUUGAUGUAAAUUCAAUUGGAGCCACUUCGCUUGGUUAUCCUCGGGAUUCCAAGUCGCCCUUUUGCGUGUCCGACUCCCCACAACUCCACUGUUGGUACGACCAGCUGACUAUCUGUCUCAGUGUUGUCGAGCCAAACACCAGUGAGAACAGUUGCCUCUACCAUUGGAAGGAGAGCUGGAGUCAGUAGGCUACAGGAAGUGGAUAGUUCUGUGGGUCUACUGCAUUGGCUGGCACUGGACAGCGAGCAACAACUUACUUUCAGGAGCUUUGGCUGCAAUGAACUAGCAAACUUGGCUUUUUGCAUCUGCCAAAUACGGCUGGAGUGGAGAUGGGUCAGAAGUUGAGUCGACCCGUGCAUUAUGUUAGGCGUCGCCGAGAGACCGAGAGCGUGAGGACGAGGAGUGAACAAUGGCAUGAUGUUCUUUCUCCUGAACAGCAACAGGCCAUGAACGUUGGUGCAUCAAGUCACUCCCGCGAGGUGUUAGUUGACCUGGACUAUGGCCGUCUCAGUUUUGAGCGACCACUUUGCCGGUUUGGUGUGUGCACGAAGGACGAGCGAUUGUCGCGGUCCGUGGAGACGGUGUGCGACAGUAAUGGCUAUGGCUUUGAGCGUCUGAAGGCCCUGGAGGACUGCCGGACCAGACUGCAAUGCUAUCAGGACUAUCUCGACAGCUGUCGGAAAAUCAUUGAUGACAGCAUAGAACGCAAUGAACAGCAGUGCAAGGCCAGUACGGACGUCGACGUACCUUUGCCCCCGGUACAGCCCUAUCCACAUGUUGUUUUGGUAGACUUGCAGUCGUUGGAGAGAGCUGUCCAGGCAUGUCAAACAGUCAAAGAAAUCAAAGCGAUGGGUAGAGCUGGCCAAGGAUGUUGUUUCAUCGCUCUCGUAUCUAAAAGCGGGUACAAUCCGUCAGUGAUACAGGGCAUAAUGCAGAGUGGCUUUCAUUCGGUUGUACGGCGUGACAGCGACUGGUCCUGUGAACUGUUGAAGCUUGACUUAGGGCAUGCAAGAGAUCGCUUCAUCAUUGAGGAGGCUCAAGUAGCAUUCGACAUGAUCUACAGAUUGCCAACUUCAUGUGAAAUCACAAAUGAGGAUGCACGUAUUCAGUACGUCAAUCGAGGCUUUGAGAAUUCGUUUGGCUUCUCGUUUGAAGCAGCCAAGGAUGAGACGCCCAAGCAACUGAUGCGGAGUCAUGUCAACGAAGAUGCCAGUAAUCACUUUCGGGAAAUUGACCAGACGAUCCAAAAUGGUCAGGCCUGGCACGGUGAAUACUUUGCAAAGAACGCAUCAGAGGAGCAUUUCCCUGUCGACACGUUGCUGUGCCUGCAUCCUCGUCUCAACGGUGGUUCUUUACACAUGGCCAUGAAGUCACCGGUGACGUUACAGAGCUUACAACGUACUGCUAUUGACAAGCUUCGCGGCGCCUCGACUUCGAUGCUUGACGCGCUGCAGCUUGGCGAUAGCUUGACGGACAAGUCGCGAGCACAGCCUCGCGUACAGCCGAUGGCCACAGGCAGCGAGUCACGUCGACUGAGUGACAUCCCAGCACUGCAGCAGCAGCAGCAGGGCACACACGUUCACGGUGUUGAUGGCGUGAUAGCCACCACCGGCUCGGCGAGCAACGCCAUGUUGUCAUCGCUGGUCAGCAAUGGGCCUGCUUUGUCGUCACUCUCUACGUCGUCGUUGACGAGACACAGCGUACGGAACGGCGGCGACCCUUCUUGUGACCUGUCCUGCUCCAUAGCCGAGUUAUCAGAGGCGUGCGAGUUUGCUACCAGUUUAGUGGAUCAGUGCAAGAGAAAUGCCAGCUUACACGCCAUGGUCGAGGGACAUAAAGACACCAUUUUGGCACAGAUUCAGGAGAGACGGAGCACGUUUCGUCCGGCAUGUGUGCCGUCCCAGGAGUCUGAUCGGCCCGAUUUCGUCAAUAACUUUGUGUCGUCUGAUCCAUCACCACCGAAGACUGCUAACUUGUACCACAGCUUGGCUUCUCGAUUUGGCGUCGCAUUUGAGCAGAAGACGAGUUGGGCAAUGUAUGAUGAUGAGGUGCGGGGUCUGGCAGCGCAGGCUCACCAAGCACUGGAUACUCGCAAGAACUGGGAAUGUGAUGUGCUCUUACUGGAACAGGUCUCGGAGUCUCAUGGCCCGCUCUUUCUGAUUGGAAUGGCAAUCUGUCGGGACUUCAAUGUCUGCAAGUUUCUGAAAAUCGGUGAAGAUGUGCUAGCCCGUUGGUUGACGCUAAUGGAGGCACACUAUCGUCCUAACGUAGCGUAUCACACAUCGACACAUGCCGCUGAUGUCCUACAAGCGGCCAGUUACUUCAUGGCCAUGGAUAAGAUGCAGAAUUGGACAAGGUGUGUGUUCUACUGGCGGCCAUUACGCAUGACAUUGGUCAUGCCGGAGUCAGCAAUCCUUUCCUCAAGGCUACCAACAAUGUAGUGGCCAGCUUGUACAUGGACUCUUCAGUCAUGGAGAACUACCAUUGUAGUCUGUUCUGGGAACUGUCCGUCAAGUACACCAAGUCUAACAUCUUCCAAGGAAUUGAGGCGGAUAAGAUGGCGUACGGUACAGACAACCGGAAAAUGAGCACGCGAUCUGUCAUGCAGAUUCGCAUCCGUGAGCUCAUCCUUGCUACAGAUAUGUUCAACAAUGACAGGAUAGUGAAGAUGUUCAAUGCAAGACCUAAUCUAGAUGCAGUGGUGAAGAUUGUGCCACCCGGUACAGUUGAGGAGGCUAGUGCCGCCGUGGCUCGACUGGAGAGUACUGAGCUACUAUUAAGCAUGGUGCUGAAGGCAGCUGAUGUCUGCAAUCCAGCCAGGCCCGUUUCUAUUGGGAAACCGUGGAGUUUGCGCAUCGCCGAGGAGUUUGUACUACAGAGUGACCUUGAAGAGAAGCUUAAUGUGUCCAGUGUGUUGCCUGUGUUUACUCGCAAGACGUACAACCUACCCGAUUCUCAGGUCAAGUUCAUACAGUUCAUUGUGGUUCCCAUCUACAGAGCACUGGGAUCUUACCUUCCGCUUAGUGAUGUGAGCGGCAUACUGACUGAGAAUGAAACCUACUGGCGAGGAGAACACAAAGAAGAUUACCCGCCAGUCAAGCCUAGAGAUAUGAAGUGGAAUCCGGACGUGUUCAACAUCAAGGAGUUCAUGAGAGGCGGCUCACCCUGGUCACCUACACCCACCUCCGUCCUCAGCAAUGUAUCAUUCCACCCGCUGGAGAUGGCGGGGAAAAUGGGCAACGCUAGUCAUGACGCUGCGAAAAGCCGAGUGUCGAGUAUGCUUCUGGUUCGCACUGGAGUGUCAGGCACGGAGGAAGUUGCCACGGCACCUCAGAGCACGACCUCUGGCCUGGACAGCUCAGUUAGCGGCAAAGAAGGCGCUACUAUUGCUGUUUCUAGCACCGCAGCCGUGAUCAGCACUCCAGUUUAAGAAAUUUGUUAUACAAUGCCGUCCACACCUGCACGGACGCCUCAACUCCCAAGUUGAGUUUGUCACGGCCGUGUUACCCGUGAACACUCAUCCAGUGACCAAGGUUGUUAAGAUUCCCAUGGUCAACGUGGUCAGACAACCCAUUGCGCGGAGUACACCGGGUGUGGCUACUGACACGGUACUGCUCCAAACCAGUAGCUGAGCGUUGUCACUCUAGUCGUGUCGCCCAGUAUGAACCACAGUUCUCUGCAUGUACCGCAUCUGGUUUUCGGCAUGAACAAUCCUGUUCUCGGCAUGAACCAUCAGGUUUUCGGCAUGAACAAUCCGGUUUUCGGCAUGAACAAUCCGGUUUUCGGCAUGAACCAUCCGGUUUUCGGUGUCUUUGUGCGUGCUCUGUGCGUGCUCAAUCAGUCAGUGUGCUGCCGCUGCUACGUACACAGUCGCUCUUUGCUUAUAUGGGUGCAAGCAAGACGUCGUCAUGGUGGUGAGAUCAUACGUAUGUCACAUUGGAUUUCCUUACCAUUUUCGUCAUGCGCUACGGACUUCGCCCGAACUCUGGUGUGUGUGUCCGUGCGUGUGUCCGUGCUUGCCUAGAAGAUCUGGAUAGUGGUGAACUACAAGUACUUGCCCUUGCUUCAAACAUGCUCAGAGUACUGCAUCCCAACUGGCUGUCAGCCAUGACUGGACCAUUGUUCAUCAGGGCUUGCCCUGGCUGCCGCAGUGUGGAUUGAUAUGCCUUGGCCACUGUACUGCUGGUCAACUAUAUUCCUCUAGCAAUACUGCAGAGACAAGUUUUAAAUAUUCUUUAUCAACGUUGUUCGAGAGCAACGCACCAAAUUACGGCGUUGUGAGACCGUUCAUUUUCAGACUGAUUUCUGCUUUCUGUCCAGUAUCGGUACUAUUGCUGGACUGGUAUUUUGUUCUUGUUCUUCUUGCACGGUACAGACGUGCAUGUGAUAUUUAUAGUAUUCUAAACGUUACUCAUCUCUAGAUCCUAUCCAUAUUUUCUCUCUCUCCUGUCUCUCUCUCUCUCUCUCUCUCUCUUUCUCUCUCUCUCUCUCUCUCUCUCUCUCUCUCUCUCUCUCUCUCUCUCUCUCUCUCUCUCCUCAGUCUCCCUGUAGGGAAAUAUGUCUUUGUAAAGAGUAGUGAUGACCCCCUGGCUGGUGACAUGGUGUAGGUGAUCCUCUUGUAAGUUCUUCUUGAAAUCAUAGCUACGUCAAAGCACCAGUAGCCGCUCUACGCUUUGCGGCCAUGCUCAAUAUUUUUAUCGUGUAGUCUUUGCCUAUUUCUGUUCUUUCUUUCCUAUCGUCAUCGGUGAUCUUUGUCGAAUGCGGCUCAGUCGUUAUAUUCAGACUGGAACGCGUGAUAGAUUUCGCCUUCUUUGAUUUUUUUCUGCGUGUGUUUGAGAGAAUGUAUCAACAGAGAUUCCAUCAUUUUCUCUUUCUUUUAAAACUAGGAUUGUUUGGUGGCUUGUGCCUAACGGUUACCACCGUUAUGUUAUGUUCUGUUUGGCAGUUCGGGUUUUGUUUUAUUUUUCUACCUACGUUCUACAUGUAAAUGUGGUGAUUUUUAUGGUUUUGUUUUGUUGCAGCUGAGACAAGUGACUAGAUACACAGUCUGUACUGGCAACAUGAACACACAUGUUACGCUAUUGUCGAUUUUAUGUGAAUAAUUCGUUGACGAGAAGACAAGAAACAUAUCAUGAAUGGCAA